CACUGAAUUGGAGGCCAGAGCUAGUCCAAAAUGGCCGCCCAGAAACAACCCCGCUCUUGCUUGCAUUAGAGAAUGAUGCUUUUACAAGGACGGUUGUGUCUCUUAGCUCAUGUCUCACUUGCUCUCUGUCUGCCUGGGUCUCUGAACAUGCCUUCCUACAGUACCUUUUAACGAUUUAUCAGCAAGACUGUUGAAAGCAUAACUAUCCAAGAUGCCUGUCCCUCCCCCACCAGCGCCCCCACCGCCACCAACAUUUGCACUGGCCAAUACAGAGAAGCCUACCUUGAAUAAGUCAGAGCAGGCUGGGAGAAAUGCUCUUCUCUCUGACAUCAGCAAAGGAAAGAAACUAAAGAAGACAGUCACCAAUGACAGAAGUGCCCCAAUAUUGGACAAACCAAAAGGAGCCGGGGGCAGUGGUGGCUUCAGUGGUGGCGGCAGCAGUGGAGGCAGUGGUGGCAAUUUUGGAGGAGGAGGAGGACCUCCUGGAUUAGGAGGAUUGUUCCAGGCUGGAAUGCCAAAGCUGAGAUCCACGGCCAACAGAGAUAAUGAUUCUGGAGGAAGCCGUCCACCAAUUUUGCCCCCAGGAGGAAGAGCCACAUCUGCCAAGCCUUUCUCACCCCCGAGUGGCCCAGGGAGGUUUCCCGUGCCUUCUCCAGGCCACAGAAUUGGUCCGCCAGAGCCACCUAGGAACCGAAUGCCUCCCCCAAGGCCCGAUGUGAGCUCAAAGCCUGAUAACCUCCCCCCUCCGGUGCCGAAUACACCAAGACCCGUCCAGUCAACUCCACACAACCGAGGGGCCCUACCAGUGCCAGGAGCCCCCAGGCAGCUCAGCCUGGGGCCCACCCCUCCACCUUUCCCUGGAAACCGAGGUGCUGCUUUUGGAGGAGGCUCCAUCCGCCAGACCCCUGUGGGCUCCUCCUCUCCCUUCUCUAACAGGCCUCCCCUGCCUCCCACACCGAGCAGGGCCUUGGAUGACAAACCCCCUCCACCACCUCCUCCAGUGGGCAACAGACCCACCAUGCACAGGGAAGCAGUUCCACCUCCUCCCCCGCAAAACAACAAGCCUCCAGUGCCUUCUACCCCGCGGCCUUCCCCCUCCUCGCAGGCCCCACCUCCUCCUCCACCACCAAGCAGGCCUGGCCCUCCUCCCCUGCCUCCAGCUUCCAGCAGCAGUGAUGAAAUCCCAAGACUCCCGCAGCGGAAUUUGUCCCUCACUUCGUCUGCACCUCCCUUACCUACAGCAGGACGCUCGGGACCUCUUCCUCCCCUGCCCAAUGAGAGGCCCCCUCCUCCUGUGAGGGAUCCACCAGGCAGAUCAGGCCCCCUCCCACCACCGCCUCCAAUAGGCAGAAAUGGCAGUGCAUCUCGGGCCCUGCCGGCUACCCCUCAGAUGCCAUCCAGGAGUGGAGGAGAUAGUCCCAGGAGUGGGCCCAGGCCACCUCUUCCUCCUGACAGGCCUGGUGCUGGGGCGCCUCCCCCACCUCCGCCAUCAGCAUCGGUUAGAAAUGGCUUCCAAGAUUCAUCAUGUGAAGAUGAGUGGGAAAGCAGAUUCUACUUCCAUCCAAUUUCUGAUCUGCCACCUCCAGAGCCAUAUGUACCAAGCACCAAAAGUUAUCCCAGCAAGUUGGCAAGAAAUGAAAGCCGGAGUGGAUCCAACCGAAGAGAAAGGGGUGCCCCACCCCUCCCACCCAUCCUGAGGUGAUCUAUGCCUGCUUCUCUCUUCCCAAGCUCAAGAGCCGCUUCUGUUGAUGCUGUCUGAGAAGUGCACACCCUCCCCCCACUUCCCUUAUCCUUAUGAGGAUGAUGUGAGAAUAUGAAGGGGGAGGGUCUUGUACAAAAAACACACUUUGCUUUUUCCUAUGCAUAUAGUCUCAGAGCGACUGCUUGCUUCAGCUAGAGCCUGCCAUUGUUAGUUGCUGCGAUCAUCAGGCUUUUGUGGCAAGUAGGCAGAGAUGAAUUAUAUCCCAGCUUUCAACCAAACAGACUCAAACAUCCACUGCUUACUUGCUACAGGCUGUAAUUAUUAAAGUCCCUGAGAGCUGGUUUCAUCCAGGCCUUUUUCAAAUGCUUAGCCUCCUGUCUGUUUCCAUGAACCACAGAACGCCUUAGCAAGUUGCUGAGCAAGGGCUCAUAUGUAGCUCUGUGGUUACGGGAAGGGCAGUCUUGGGCAGUCUGAGGUAGGCUCCAAGACAGAGUUUUCCAAUAGAAAUAUAAUGUGAGCCCCGUGUACAACUUUAAAAUGAUUGGUAGCCAGAUUUCUUUAAAAGGUAAAAAAGAAACAGAUUAAUUGUAAUAUAUUUUAUUUAACCUUAUAUACCCAAAUUAUCAUUUCAACCUGUAAUCUAUAUAAAAAUUAUCAAUGAGCUAUUUUACAUUCUUUUUUGGUACCAAAUUUUCAAAAACACAGUGUGCAUUCUGUACUUAAAGAGUGCUUCUCUAUUUGAAGUAGACAAAUCUUUUGUUUAAAAGACAAAAAUGCAAGAUGAGCUUUGGCAAUUUAAGAGGUACCUAAAAAGAAAGAUAGGACCUAACACCUAUUCGGCAGGCAGCUUGACCUUAGAUUCUAGUCCCUUCUUUCUCCUCUUCCCAUAAUAUCCAAGUAUUGCCUCACAAUACCAGGGUCAGAAAUCAAUCUAAUCUGGUUUACCAUCAUUUGGAAUAAAGCCAUGGGAAAGAAACCGAAAGCCUUUGGGAGGCUUUAGGACUCAGAACCAGCUGUCUUGUACGCUCACUUGUCAGCUGAAUGCCUGCUUUGCAGAUUUGAAGUGUUUUUUUCUCUCUUUCUUUCUCCCAGAGCUAGUUCUUCAGGGACAGCUGGGAGAGGGUAGGAAGGCCAGGUAGGAGAGGGAAAGAGUCAGGAAAUGGUAUCAAAUCAGAAUCAUGGAGGAAGGAAACAGCAUUGAGCUGAGGGCAAAAAGCCUAAAAAACCUAACUCAGGCGUUAAGUGAAUUAAAGAGCUUGCUAGUAGAAAUUGGAGGACAUUUAUUUUUAGUCUCUACAGGAAAAUCAUUUGUCUCACUCUAUGCAAAUAAAGCUCCAAUAACAGACCAUAUGGAAGAGCCAGACUUGCCUUUUUAAAUAUAAUUUUGUUUACAAAAUUUUACUAAGACUUUUAAAUCUAGCUGUAGAGUUGGAAAAAAUAUUUCCAUGUUGAUGUUUUAUAAAUGAUUAUGUUUAAAAUUAUCAUUAUUCAUGGUCUUAAAGCACAGAACCACAUGUGUGUAUAUAUAUUUACCUAAACUUUAUAUCUUGUUUCAGUGGAAUAAUCACGUAGUAUUGGGAGAGGCUAGCAAAAUCAAUCCAAAGAAAAAUCUGAAAGAUGCAUUCCUGUUUAUAGAAUAACUGUUUCAUUUACAUAAAACUGAACUUAGGGUCUAAUACAUGGAGUGUCUAAUAAAUUAUGAAUUACUGAUUUGAAUAUAUUGUAUUUUUAUAUAACUUUCCUUGCCAAAGUCCUGGCUUAGUAUAUUAGAGAACUGUUUCCUCACUUCUCCUUUGCCAUUUAUUUACCUUUCACUUAUUCACUUGAAGCUCUUACUCCAAGAGAAGCAAGAAAUACAAAGAUGUAACAAAGCUUUGGCGAAAUAUCUUAAAGAUUUUUUUCUAACAUUUUUGGCAAUUUAACAGCAUCAUUUUGUUUUGGAUUCUUUGAUCUGAUGGCAACAGGGAUAAACACCCCUGUGACCAUGGAAUGACCCAGUUCACAAAAGGUAGAAAAUGGUCUUCCAAGCAGAUGUGACAGAGAGAAGUCAGGCUCAAAUGCACUUCAUAUGGGUCAGGAGGAGUAGACAAUUCCUUGUAUAUCUCAACUUUGCUGUCACCUUUCUAAAGAUUGAAACAAUGUCACAGCUCAAGUUGCCAUUCAUCUGUGGUAAAGAUGUUUUAAAAUAUAUUUUUUAAGGAAUGGUUCAUUAAUAUACCUACAUCCUUUCUUUGAAAGUUAGCAACCUAGUUGCAUUCAAAACUUCAACCAAGUUCUGUGCUAAAAUCUACUAUGGCAAAUCACCCAAAAAUGAGUGUUUCUUCCCCUGAAAUUAGAGUGUUAAUGGGUCUUUUUUUUCAUAAAAAUUCCAGAUAAGAGUAUUCAAGAUGCAAUAAAUACAGUACUUUAACAUUCACAUAUUGUUUUAUAUUGAAAUGUAUUACAGUAUUAAAAUUCAGUGUUUGGUAUUUAUUUCACUAUGCAUUUUAUUUAGUAAAAAUCAAGAAAAAUGUUUAAUCCAAUGGUGCCUUACUUUGUGAUUUGAAAAAAAAUCCAUUUUUAUGUCUAAGUAGCAGAUUAUUUGCAUAUUUGUAAAACCAGGCAUUUAUAUUUUGACUUGUAAUACCACUUUUGUUAUUUUAGCAGCAGAAAUAUGACAGUUGUUAAAAUGUCCACAAUUUUUUGGUAUGAAAUUCCUUUUUCACUGUUUAUAAUCAGGGGCUGUAGAGGAAGGAAGGUAUUUUUUUCAUACCAUUACACUGUGUAAAAAGACACAUUUUGGUAUCUAUGUCAUCAGGAUAGUGGUAGGGUAGAAUCUACCCUAGACAACUGCGUCUUUGUAAAUUAGCCAGACAAUAAAUAAAAGCAGAUGAUACAGUG